AUGUCGCUUUUAAUGGAACUGAAUCGCCGCAACAAGACCGGCAAUCCCGAGCCCGACAAUAAUUACAUGGAUUCCACUAGAGCCGGGCACAGCAACUGCAUUGGGGCCAACCCCGUGUAUGACAUUCAUCUUAAUGCGCUUGAUUGCAGUGUACCUUCCUGGCCUGAGACCAGUGACUACAGCAAAAAUAAGGCAACCUCUCUUUAUGGCGACUUGGUCGCCGAUCCCUAUUACAGAGGAGGGUAG